AUGCUACCUUCUAUUGAACAAGUGGGAACCCCCUGCGGAAAUCUCCUGGUCACUGGUGGGUCAGAGGAGUAUAGCGCGGAGUAUCCUCCUAAGAUUGCAACAUUUUACUACCUGGGUGAGUUGAAUGAUGAGAUGAAGCCAAUAUACCCGCAAGGUAAUGGCAGAUCAUUUACCCUCAGAGGGAACGUCUAUCAUAUCUUCGGUAAAACCAUAUGGAAAGACGCAAAAGGAGAAAUAGUGGGCGAAGCUGCAAAUUCACUAGCAUUGGUCUCUGAUCCAGAAGUGAACCCAAUAGCGAACGUUGCUAUGCCGAGUAACAGGGGUAUGGCGCCUUUCCUGCCUCUCACAAAGGAUGAAGAGGAGCUUGAGAAAGGUCAUAACCACAAAGUCAUACUCGAAAUGCCCGGUGGUUUCUGCAAGCCUGAACCCAAUGCAAUUGGAGGCUAUAUCUGGUUCCAGAAAUACCUACAGACCCGUUCAACCGAGGGUAUCAUUGAGAUCGCGUUUCAAGGAGUUGGCCUGGCCAUCGCGGUAAGGAACAGACAUACAGAGGAAGUUAGGGCCGAACGGAUCAUGCGCAACGACCUGCUCUUCACUGAUAGCGAACCAGCGUUUGGAUCAUUCUGCUCAGUUCUUGAGAGUUAUUAUUUCUAUGUCUGGGGAAAGCUUGGUGAGGAUAUCUAUUUGGCCAGGGUUGAAAAAUACGAGCCACAAAAUCGCAGUGCAUAUGAAUACUGGGAUGGGUAUAAUUUCACACAGGAUAUUUUGACUGCUGUGCCUGUGUUUAGCGGCUACUCAUCUGGGACAAUCAUGCGUUCAAAAAUAUUUGGUCAUCUUUAUAACUGGAUGUUCAUAGGAGGAACCGAAUCGAACACGCCAGUUGUGACCAUCGGUGUGGCGCAUGAUAUCCAAGGCCCGUAUAUAAUGCAUAGCCUGAUCAAGUCAGAGCAUGUACACCCAAUGCUUCGACAGGUGCACUCUGUGUAUGCACAUCAUUGGGCGUAUACCGAAAGAGAUGGUCAACUCCUGGUAACUUGGAACGAGAGUAAGACCGGUAACAUUAUUGGAACAAAACUCCAGUUUUCAAUGUCUGCAAUAACUUCCAUGAUCAUGGACGGGAAAGAUCUGAUCAUAUCGUUUGCUCGGGCAAAGAAAGCUGCCUGCAGAAUCGAUUAUGAUAUGGACGGCGAGACUAUCAUCAGGGUUUUUGCAGGGGAUUUGGAAUCAGUGAACGCAGCUGUCGACUCCAUUUGCAACCUUAUCCGCCGCUGGUGUAAUGAAUUUCUCGACGAGGGCAAGGCAGCAAAGGCCAGCAGCUCAUUGAAGGGGAUGCUGAGAUGGCCCUUUAGUAUCUUCACAUCGUUGUCACUCCAAUCAGAAUAG